AAAGUCCUUCGCAAUGGAACUGAGACACUGUGGCUUGACGGCAAUUUCGAAAGGAACGAGUGAUUGAAGGGAACCCACCGCAUUAUAAUAGGAUUUACCAUUAGUAAAGCGCUGUGGAACUACCGCGUGCAGCUGAAGCUCCAAGGACAGCUGUACGCAAAGUGGGGUGAUGAGAGAGUAUAAAGAAGAGAGAGUCCAUGCUUUCUUAAUUUACCCCGCCCUCGCGUUCCUCUUAUUCCCCGCACCCAUCAUCUCUCCCUACUUUGUUCUUCUUCAUCUCUAUCAGACCAGAGAACAACGUAAUGGCCCUCGCUUCAAGAGACAGAAUCGAGCCCGGCUCCUUCAACGUUCCCCUCGGGACGUUUCCUGCAACAUGUUCAUCAACUGGCAUUGACGCCGACAAGAUUGCGUCGGAGGUGAUACGACUGCUGAACACGGCCUUGGGACUGAAGCAACCUCAGGAAAUCUCGAAACUGUUCCUUGAAGAUGGCUACUGGCGAGACCAUCUCGUCCUGACAUGGGACUUCCGCACCAUCAAGGGCCAGGAGAACAUCACCAAGUUCAUCCAGGAAAACCCCCGUUUGCUACAAGUAGAGAUCGACCGCUCAUCCGCCUUUCAUGCACCGGCUGUUUUCCCUAUCGAUGCCUUUGGCGAUGUAACCGGUAUUCAAUUUUUCAUAAAGGUCACUACCGACACAGGAAAUGGAAGAGGUGUUGUCCGACUGGCCGAGAAGGAUGGCGAGUGGAAGAUUUUCACAUUCUUCACGUCACUGUUGCAGGUUAAUGGGAGUGAGGAGAAGAUUAACCAUAACCGGCCGGUGGGCGUAUCGCAUGGUGAGCAUCAUGAUAGGCGGAAUUGGCAGGAUAGGCGCACCGCCGAUUUCAACUAUGACGGGAAGAGCCCGACGGUAUUAAUCGUUGGUGCUGGCCAAGCUGGACUGACAAUCGCUGCCCGUCUGAAAAUGCUCGAUAUUGAUACUCUGAUCAUUGACGAAGAAGAUCGCAUCGGAGAUAACUGGCGUAGGCGGUAUCACCAGCUGGUUCUGCAUGACCCUGUUUGGUUCGACCACAUGCCCUACCUUCAGUUCCCCGCAAACUGGCCCAUCUUCACGCCCAAGGACAAACUCGCAGAUUUCUUUGAAUGCUACGCCAAGCUUCUUGAGCUGAACGUGUGGACUAAAACCAAGCUCCAGUCUACAUCCUGGAGCGAUGCAAACAAUGUAUGGACCAUUCAGCUCCAACGACAGAAGGAAGACGGUACAGUCGAGACUCGUACUUUCAAUCCGCGUCAUGUCAUCCAGGCAACUGGUCACUCGGGCAAGAAAAACCUGCCUGAUUUUAAGGGCGUUGAGACUUUCCAGGGGACGCGCAUCUGUCACAGUUCCGAGUUCCCCGGUGCGGACCCCAAUAGCAAAGGCAAGAAGGCGGUUGUGGUCGGAUCCUGUAACUCGGGUCAUGACAUUGCCCAUGACUAUUUUGAGAAGGGAUACGACGUGACCAUGGUUCAGCGUAGUUCGACAUGUGUCGUCUCUUCCGGAUCCAUCACCAAUAUUGGGCUGAAGGGCCUGUACGAAGAGAGUGGCCCCCAGGUUGAAGAUGCCGACUUGUUCCUGUGGAGCAUUCCGUCGGAACUGUUCAAGGCGCAGCAGAAGAAAGUCACCGCGGUCGAAAACCAGAAUGACAAGGCGAUUCUGGACGGAUUAGAGAAGGCGGGCUUCAAAGUGGACCGCGGACCGGAUGAUGCAGGUCUACUGAUAAAAUACCUCCAGCGCGGUGGCGGUUACUACAUCGACGUGGGAGCCAGUCAGCUCAUUGUCGACGGCAAGAUCAAGGUGAAACAGGGACAGGAGAUCGCCGAGAUCAUUCCGGAGGGAUUGCGCUUCGCCGACGGCUCCCAGCUGGAGGCUGACGAGAUCAUUUUCGCAACGGGCUACCAGAACAUGAGAACACAGGCGCGCAUCAUCUUCGGCGACGAGGUAGCGGAUCGCAUCCAGAGUGUCUGGGGAUACAACGAAGAAGGCGAGAUACGCACGAUCUGGCAGCGCAGCGGACACCCCGGCUUCUGGUUCAUGGGCGGCAAUCUGGCGUUGUGUCGAUACUACUCACGUCUAUUGGCAUUGCAGAUCAAGGGUGUGGAACUGGGUCUCAAUCACUAAUUGUAAACUGGUGGUGGGGGUAUCAAGCUUGCUAUACAUUCUUUAAGCCGGGUAGAAAUAAAUCAGAAUGAAACAAUGAAAGAAACAAUGACCAUAACAAGCCUCGUUAAAGAUAUUGAUUCAACCAACCCUCUUGCGCCGCCACAUAGACUCCCAUCGUCAAGACAGACGUAUACAGCGCUGCAUCUUCC